CACCGGACAUCCAGUCAUAACCUCAAAAGUCUUCGAGAACUGUCUGAGUUCUUAUCCACGUGCACAUGUUCUUCCGGGGAAAAUCCUCCGGCGCGCUGUUUGUAAGGUACUUUCCCCCGAUAAAGUAAGUGAGCGAAAGCGAGUGAAAUCGCGACAACCCUCCGGCUAACUGGGAGACCGCAACGGUGGCUAACUUACAUAAGUUGAAACGACCCCAAAGGCUCGAUGAGCCUUAUAAGAACAGCAUGUCGAGAAAGUCCUCGUCCUCCAGAAGCCGCUGUUCGGGGUCCCCCUCAAUUCUAAAGAGCACCUCGACAAUUAAACGGCGCCUCACCGGCGUCCUCAAUACUCCCCCUAAAGUGCGGUUCCAGCUGCCACAUUCCAAAAAGGUCAAGCAGAUUUUGGAGGCCUAUGUGGGGUCCAACGAGACGCACGAGUACAUGAACUUGGUCUGCUUGAUACGGGAUGCGGAGCUGCUCGAAAGCGAUUUGUCUGCGCUGCUCGACGAAGCCACUGAAUGCAUUUCACUGUUGAAUCAGGAUUUCAGACUUUUCGUUGAAUCCCUGCUGUCUAUCAGAUGGGUGGAUCGCAGCCUGGACGUCGUCAAGCAGUACCAAGGAUUUCUGGUUAAUCUUAUAAGCGCCCACAACGUUCAUGCAAAAUUUGUGAUUGAUAAAUUAGUGAAUCUGUUUCUCCCUAAUCUAACUGACCCGGAAUGGCCCGACGGCGAAAUCACCGAAAAAGAUCGGCAAAUAUGCUUGAAUAUUCACGUCGUCAUCAAAAUUCUGCUGGAUGUAGUUCCGAUGUGCAAGGAUUUACUGCUGCAGUCCAUCACUAGGCAAUAUCCUUACUACAACAGGCCCACACAUACUCAGGAGUAUUACCUGCAUCAUAUUCUAAUGGUUCUUGCCUAUCAGCCCUCAUUCAAGCCUGAUAUUUUCCACUUAGUGCUAGUCAAGCUGAUAAAAAUGGAUGUAAACGCCCCAAAAGAAGUAAUCACACAGGAAAUGAUGGAAGAUGAAACAAUUUUCCCCAUGGAGGACGACGCCAAAUCAACUAAAACCAUCAGCACAUCGUUUACCAAUGUGAAUAGAAGCGAUUUAGGGGUGGCACUGGACGCUUGCAUGGACCUGCUACUUGGCUACAUUUCUAAAGAAUGCCUGACGCAAGAUGGAAGCGCGGAUUGGGAGAAAACGAAAAACCUCUAUCAUCAUUUACUUACGGCAUUCGACAAAGUGAUUCUUCCCACAUAUAAUUCGCACCACACGCAGUUUGUGAUGUUUGCAAUGUGUGCCCUCAAACCGGCCGUAACAGAAGCGUUUUUGAGCCACCUAUGGAAAAAAGUGUGCAAUCCUAAUGUGGCAGCAGUACUGAGGCAAACAGCCAUUACUUACAUAGCAAGCCUGGUGGCUAGAGGCCAGUUUGUUUCCUUAGUAGUCCUCAAAGGAACCAUGCAGCAGAUGGCGGACUGGAUUCACUCCUACAUGAAGAACCAGGACGGUUUAGAAUGCGUCAACUCAGAUCUGCGAGUGCAUUCGGUCUUUUACAGCGUUUGCCAGGCCCUGUUCUAUCUACUGGCUUUUCGGCACAAAGAUUUGGUAGAAUCCAAAAAAAAUGUAGUGUUCCUACAAAGUCUGCAGCUGGGGAAAAUGGUAACCAAUCGCUUGAACCCGUUACGAGUAUGCCACCAGGCAGUGGUUCAAAGCUUUGCGGCCGUUGCCAGAAAAUACCAGCUAGCUUACUGUUACACAGUUAUCGAUCACAACUCCCGAAAUUCAAUGCCGACGAUAUACCAGGACGAGAAGGGCUCUCGAAUCGUCUCCGACAAUUUGCUAUGCGAUUAUUACCCGUUUGAUCCCUACGUGUUAGUCAGAUCCGGCAAGAGGAUUCAACCGCACUACAGAGAUUACGAGGAAGAAGCACUGAGCGGAUCCAACGACAGCGACGCGAAGGAAAACGACUUGGAUGAUUUCCUGGAUAGUGUGAGCGACUUGUCGCCAAACUUGAAAGGAUCGCAUCCGUUCUCCUACGGCAGUUCCCCAGGGUUCCGAUUUAAACUCUAAUCUUGAUCCGUAAAGUAGGACAAUGUUUGAAUUCCUGUUGCCAAAAGCCGGCGGCUAUUUGGUACUUUUUGACUUUUGAGAAUUGAUGGUUAACGCAUGCAUUGAUGAUGAGCUGUGAUUGAUUACUCCUAAGUGUAAUUUGAGCUGUGUAUGUUUGUGAAAUAUACACAUAUGUUUAAAAAAUGCUGUACUUUUCUUUCA